UCCAUUUCGAUUUCGCCCGAUGCACACGCUGACGCGACGAUUAUCAAGAGUUAUGCACUAGAUUUACCCCGGUGUUACGCCGUCACUAUCGUCGACAGACAUGAACACCACCGAGAACGAGACGAUGGACGAGUACGAGCCCUCCAUCAGGAACGUGAUCGAGCAACGUUCCUUACGAUGGGUAUUCGUGGGCGGCAAAGGUGGAGUCGGGAAGACAACCUGCAGCUGCUCCUUGGCAGUACAGCUGUCCAAAGUAAGGGAGAGCGUACUUAUCAUAUCCACAGAUCCAGCGCACAACAUCUCCGAUGCAUUUGAUCAGAAGUUUAGCAAAGUGCCCACCAAGGUGAAGGGCUUCGACAAUUUGUUUGCAAUGGAGAUCGAUCCUAACGUUGGUAUUACAGAGUUGCCAGAGGAAUACUUUGACAGCGAAGCAGUUUCAGGAGGAGAAGCGAUGAGAUUAAGCAAAAAUGUUAUGCAAGAAAUUGUCGGUGCAUUUCCUGGCAUAGACGAGGCAAUGAGCUAUGCAGAAGUUAUGAAGCUCGUAAAAGGAAUGAACUUCUCUGUUGUGGUGUUUGAUACGGCACCCACUGGGCACACAUUGAGGCUACUGUCGUUCCCGCAAGUGGUUGAAAAAGGAUUGGGAAAAUUGAUGCGUUUAAAAAUGAAGAUUAGUCCCUUUAUCACACAAAUAAGUUCGUUAUUGGGAUUGACGGACUUCAAUGUGGAUACGUUCUCUAAUAAGAUGGAGGAAAUGCUCGCUGUCAUUCGACAAGUUAACGAGCAGUUCAGAAAUCCCGAUCAGACGACGUUUAUAUGCGUCUGCAUAGCGGAAUUCUUGUCGCUUUACGAGACGGAGCGACUUGUACAAGAAUUAACAAAAUACGGUAUCGAUACCCACAAUAUUAUAGUGAACCAACUGUUAUUUUUGAAAGAGGGGGAUACUCCCUGCCGGCUGUGUCUUGCAAGGCAUAAAAUUCAAGAUAAAUAUCUAGAUCAGAUAAUGGAUCUUUACGAGGAGUUUCACGUCACACAGCUUCCGUUGCUAGAAAGAGAAGUGCGUGGAGUGCCACAGGUCAGGGAAUUUUCGGAAAAUCUCGUUAAACCGUACAAACCUUAGCAUCCAUGUAAUAAAUGUUUAAUAACAAUAUAACACUAUACAUGUAAUUCAAGGUUUUAUACACUUACAACCUCGCGCGUUGAAAAUUUGUAUAAAAGGGAAGGAAAGAACACUUUUAAUAUAGCUCGAUUAAGAUAUUUGUUACUGCACGUGUUAAUAAAUUCAAUGUUACAUUCGCAUGCACCA